AUGCAAUUUGACGAUAAAUUUGUCGAGGAGAUGUUCCUAGAGCGUCUGUCCGAAGAUGUUCAGACGAUCCUGGCGUCCGGCUCCCAAGAUCUUACGAUCUCACUGCUGGCUGAGAUGGCGGAUCGAAUGAUAGAGGUGCAGCGGUUCCAGUCAGCUUCUGUUGCCCAGAUUUCCUCAUCUUCAUCGUCAGUGAACGAAAAUUUAAUGAAACAGGUUUCGGCCAUGGCGGAUGAGAUGGCCUCCCUUAAAAUACAGCUCGCCCGCCUUUCUUCUAGUCGCUCAUGCAGCCGUCGUUGUUCUCGUUCGCGACCUCGGACUGCUGAUACUUGUUGGUAUCACACUAAUUUCGGCGUAAAGGCACGUCGCUGUUCAUAACCCUGCUCUUUUAAACCAAAACAGGGAAACCAGUCAGCCAGACGUUUGCUCUGGAUCUUCCGGCUCUGGUCGCACCUUCUAUGUUUGCGACACUGCGACUCGCUGACGUUUCCUGGUGGACACUGGAGCCCAAAUCAGCGUUGUUCGCCCGAAUGCAGCUGAUCGUCGUUUCCCUAGCCAUGAUCUUCACCUCCAAGCUGCCAACUGUUCUCCCAUUCCCACUUUUGGCAGUCUGUCCCUCACCCUGAACAUGGGCCUUCGUCGGCCGUUCAUCUGGAUGUUUGUGAUUGCUGAUGUCCCUCAUGCAAUCCUCGUCUCGGACUUUCUUAUCGAGUUUGAUCUCCUUGUCGACUGCCGAUGUGCCCGUCUCCUCGACCGCACAACCGGUCUGUUUGUUCGUGGACUAACUCCCUUUACUGCCUACACCAACUUGUAUAUGUAUAUGUAUAUAUUGAAGAGUUACAGGCAGAGCCCUUGAUGACCCUAUUUAUGUACAGUGCUUUCGCAGAUUCACACUCGAAAAUAAAAAAAUUGCAGGAAUUUAAAAUGUGUUUGGGUCACAGUUCAAUCGUAAUCAUAAGGUAGUGCAUAGGGUCACUGUAAAUUUGUGUGGAAGAUUGUAUAUGACAGCUUUUACAAAACUGGCUGUGCAUAGUCAUGCUGUACAAGCCGAUUUCUGUCGAAAACUAGACGAGCGAGUUUUCUUUUAAAAGCACAAACUGUGUCAGCCGUCACCAUCUCGCUUGGAAGCGAGUUCCACGGCCUGACAACCCGCUGGCUGAAUGAAAAUUUUCGUCGGUCUAAUCGCGUGCGGAUACGGAUAUUGCUACUCCUAUUCGGCAACUGCUGCUAGUCACCCCAAUAUAAUUAACCCCCAUAUUCGCAGUGGUGAGGUUCAACAUGAUGUUGUGCACCAUAUCCGCACUUCAGGUCCUCCCGUCUUUGCUCGACCGAGACGACUAGCACCGGAGCGUUUUCAGGCAGCGAAGGCGGAGUUUGAACACAUGCUGCAACUGGGAAUAAUUCGACCGUCCGAGAGCCCUUUGGCGUCCCCACUGCACAUGGUGCCCAAGGCAACAUCAGGCGACUGGCGACCCUGUGGUGAUUAUCGAGCCCUCAACAGCGCUACCAUUCCUGAUCGGUACCCCGUGCCUCAUCUUCAGGACUUUGCUGGAUCCCUUUUCGGCAAAGCGGUUUUCUCGAAGAUUGAUCUGGUGCGUGCUUUUCAUCAGAUUCCAGUCACCCCUGAGGACAUCCCUAAAACCGCCGUCACCACACCCUUCGGUCUGUUUGAGUUCGUCCGCAUGCCCUUCGGUCUUCGUAAUGCCGCCCAAACGUUCCAGAGGUUCGUCGACCAUGUAUUAUGUGGCCUACACUUUGUGUAAGCCUACACUGAUGACCUCUGGGUUGCCAGCCGGAAUGAGGAAGAACACAAAGAGCAUCUUGCCUUGGUGUUUGACCGUCUUGACAAGUUUGGCGUUGACAUCAACCCCUCCAAGUGUGUGUUGGGUGUGCAUUCACUCGAGUUCCUUGACCAUCAGGUCGACUCUGAAGGUUUGCGUCCCCUCCCCUCCAAGGUUGAAGCAGUUCGUAAUUUUCCUCCUCCAACUUCCAAGCGUCAGUUACAGCGAUUCCUCGGCAUGGUCAAUUUUUACCGUCGGUACCUACCGAACUGUGCUGACCUCAUGCUGCUGCCCACCAACAUGCUUUCUGGUCCCAAAGGUCCUCUCGAGCUGACUGGUGAAGCAGUGACUGCUUUUGAGAGAAUCAAGAAUUCCCUUGCCGAUGCCACCUUUACUCACACAUCCCGCUCCCGAAGCUCAGCUGUCUCUGAUGGUGGAUGCUUCGACCGUAGCUGUAGGUGCAGUCCUUCAACAACACCUUGCUGGUUCGACUCAACCACUUGCGUUUUUCUCCAAAAAACUCUUACCAGCUGAGACACGCUACAGUACCUUUGGCCGUGAACUACUUGCCAUUUACCUGGCUGUGAAGCAUUUCCGGCAUUUCCUUGAACGUCGUGAUUUCACUGUUUUCACUGACCACAAACCGUUGACUUUUGCACUUCGUUCCCACUCCGACAAGUACAAUCCGAGGGAAAUCGCCCACCUGGACUACAUCUCCCAAUUCACCACCGACAUCCGCCACAUUGAUGGCACGAAGAAUGAGGUGGCUGAUAUGCUGUCCAGACCCUCACUGCCUUCCCUCUAA